GUCUGCCUGUCCGCGCAGUGUUCCGCCCUCGUGAACUUCUGGAGAUAGGAGCCCCGCUGCAAACCUACCGACUUCCAUUCCGUCUCAGUCAGUCUCCGUCCAUCGUCUCGCCUCUUGUUUUAGAGGGGUCGUUAAGGAAUUAAUGAGCCAGAGGCACCGAACUUCUCCGUAGGGCUCAUUCGGUGUUUUCAGUACAUGGUUUACACCUGGGCUGUCUUCGCGUGAGGAAAACUCGCACCUUUUUGUCAUAUUAACUUCAAUCGAGGAUACCUGUACCUCUACUGAUGGAACAGGGUCAUUCCAACGUUCUCAGGCAGCCCUCCAGCACCAGCUAACAUUUCCUUGAGGAACGCAUCCAUUGCUGGCUCCCAACAAACAUGGACUGUUUUCCCAUGCUUUCUUUUCUGUCGAGACAUCAUGAUUCCUGGUAAUCGAAUGCUGAUGGUCAUUUUAUUAUGCCAAGUCCUGCUGGGAGAGAGCCACCAUGCUAGUCUGAUACCUGAGGAAGGGAAGAAGAAAGUGCCGGGCCUCCAGGGUCGCACGGCUGCUCAGAGCGAUGAACUUCUGCGGGACUUUGAGGCCACGCUGCUGCACAUGUUCGGGCUCCAGAGGAGGCCGCGGCCCAGCCGCUCGGCCACGGUGCCCCGCUACCUGCUCGACCUCUACCGCCUGCAGUCAGGCGAGGCAGAGGAGGCUGGCGCCCACGACACCGCCUUCGAGUACCCCGAGAGGUCGACCAGCCGCGCCAAUACCGUGAGGGGAUUCCACCAUGAAGAACACAUGGAGCGGGUGCACGAGGCCAGUGAGGCAAGGGACGGGGAGGCCACGCCCCUACGCUUCCUCUUCAACCUCAGCAGCAUCCCCGAGGACGAGCUGCUGUCCUCGGCCGAGCUCCGCCUCUACCGCCACCAGAUCGACGAGGCCAUCGGCCGCAGCGGUUCGGACGGCGGGAACGGCGAGGCGCUGCACCGGAUCAACGUGUACGAGGUCCUGAAGCCGCCGCGGGACGCGCAGCUGAUCACGCGCCUUCUGGACACGCGGCUGGUGCGCCACAACGCCUCGCGCUGGGAGAGCUUCGACGUGAGCCCCGCCGUCCUGCGCUGGACACGGGAGCGCCUGCCCAACCACGGGCUGGCGGUGGAGGUGCUGCACCUGGACCAGACGCCGCGGCACCAGGGCCGCCACGUCCGGAUCAGCCGCUCGCUCCCCCAAGAGCCCGGGGAGGACUGGGAGCAGCUGCGCCCCCUGUUGGUCACCUUCGGCCACGACGGCAAGGGCCACCCACUGACACGGCGCGCCAAGCGCAGCCCCGCCAAACGUGGACGCAAGCGCAACCGCAACUGCAGGCGCCACGCGCUGUAUGUAGAUUUCAGCGACGUGGGCUGGAAUGACUGGAUAGUGGCGCCCCCGGGCUACCAGGCCUACUACUGCCACGGGGAGUGCCCCUUUCCCCUGGCCGAUCACCUCAACUCCACCAACCACGCCAUUGUGCAGACUCUGGUGAACUCUGUCAACACCAACAUUCCUAAGGCCUGCUGCGUGCCCACAGAGCUCAGCGCCAUCUCUAUGCUCUACCUGGACGAGCACGACAAGGUGGUCCUAAAGAACUACCAGGAAAUGGUGGUGGAGGGCUGUGGCUGCCGCUAGCUAGGACUAAGACUACAGACAAUGACUGGGUGACUCAAGGCAGGCUGCAGCUUGCACAGACACUAGGAAAGUUACUUUAACUCCCAAAAAACUUCACUUGGACCCUUAUUUAUAACUUUUAUGUUGAGAUGUAUGUUUGUCUGGUUUUUUUUUUCUUUGACAAUAUGAUCAUAUAUUUUGACAAAAUAUAUAUAUUUAUAUCUACAUAUUAAAAAAAUGAGUGCGUUCUUAUUUUAAACAUAAAUAAAACAGCUGUACAACUUUUGAUAAUGUAUAUUAGAUUGUAUAAGGGGUUUUUAAAUGAGAAAAUUGUAAAAAAAAGAAAAAAAAAUCUGAAAAGAAAGUUUAUUUACUGGUAAUAUUUAUUGCUUUCAUAUUAUAUACAUUUACAUGAAAAAUAAAAACAUAAAUUGCCUUUCAAUAUUACAUUUCAGCAGAUCACAAGACGCACCAUUUGUGUACUUAAAUUAGAGCACUGCGUGAAAUUGUCACAACACUGAUUUACUACAAAUCAGUUGAAGUAAUCAGAAAUGUACAUGAUUUUAAUUCACCUCUUUACAUUGAUCUUUAAUGAUUUUGUUAGAUAGGUCCCUUGAAAUGGAAUCAGUUUUAUAUUUGUUUAGAAAUAACUGUUAAAAACUAUCAAGAUGACAUGGGUUGUGAAAAAAAUGAAAGAUCCAUGACUGUUUUACAUGAGUUUGAACUGAACACUGAGGCCAUUUUGAAAUGUAUUGAAAUAAUUGUUGCAAUUCAUGAAAAAAACAAGAAAAAACAGAGUCAUCUUUCUGAUACUCUGUCUCUCCCAAAUAAAAGAAUGUUCGUUUUCA